UCCUUGCCGGACACUUUAUAACACAGACAUAGGGUUCUAUAAGUCAAACAUAGGGUGAUAGGAAGUACUCGAGGAAUUAUGCAGAGCACAGCCAAGCCACAGAGCAACUGUACGAGGAACUGAUGCUGAGGUACUUGGGUUCAGCCUCCUCAUGUUCAGGAACUCAACUUUAUAAAUCUCUUCCAUGCUUGGGUCCCACUCUCUAAACACUAUACAUACACUCUCCUUUUCUUUUUCUUUGUUUUCUUCCUCUUCCCUUUUCAAACACAAGAAAGAAAGAAAAGGGAAGAUCUCAAAGGGAUUUAUUUCUGUCUGCUUCUCUGCGCGAUCUGCAUCCUUCUCUUAUCUUUGACGCGUUGAUUUCUGCAGAUUCGCUCAACUCUGGUAUGGUCGGUGAACCUUUCUUCUGUUUUCCCCCUCACUUUUGUCUCAUGUUAUGAGAUUUGCCAAUACAAGCGAAUUUUUCUUGGGUGGUUUUCAAAGCCCUCUGACUUGGUGCCAUGGAAAUUACUCCUCCUCUUCUUCAUCAUCUGUGGUUUUUGUUGUUGCUGCUGCUUUGUUAUCUUGUUCUCUGUGCUUCUGCCACCGAUGUUGAAUUUGACAACUGCAACUGCGAUGACGGGGAAGGUAUUUGGAGCAUACAUAGCAUACUCGUUGGCCAAAAAGUCAGCGAUUUUUUCAUUGCCGUUGCGUAUUUUUCCAUACCCAUUGAACUCCUUUACUUUGUUAGCCGUUCAAACGUUCCAUUCAAAUUGCUCUUCCUUCAAUUUAUUGCCUUCAUAGUGCUCUGUGGCAUGACCCAUUUACUCAAUGCUUAUUCUUAUCAUGGCCCUCCCUCGUUCCAAUUGCUGCUUUCCCUAACCGUUGCUAAAUUCCUCACCGCUCUUGUUUCCUGUGCAACUGCUUUAACCCUUCCCCCUCUCAUCCCUCUUCUCCUCAAAGUCAAAGUUAGGGAGCUUUUCCUGAGGCAGAACGUGAUGGAGCUUGGCCAAGAGGUUGGGAUGAUGAAGAAACAGAAGGAGGCAAGCUGGCAUGUUAGGAUGCUCACUAGGGAAAUUAGGAAGUCUCUUGAUAAGCACAACAUCCUCUACACCACCCUUGUUGAGCUUUCAAAGGCGUUGGAUUUGCAUAAUUGUGCAGUUUGGAUGCCGAACGAGGACCGACGAGAGAUGCACUUGACUCACGAGUUGAAAACCAACUCUGCCAAGAAUUUUCAGAAUUCUAUUCCGGUGAACGACCCUGAUGUGUUGGAGAUAAGAAAGACCAAAGGGGUGAAGAUUCUGGGGCCCGAGUCUGCUCUAGGAGCUGCGAGUAGUGGUGGCUCUGUGGAGUUGGGUGCUGUGGCGGCUAUUCGCAUGCCGUUACUUCAUGUGUCAAAUUUCAAAGGAGGGACGCCGGAGUUGGUUGAGACGUGUUAUGCUAUACUUGUUUUGGUUCUGCCAAGUUCAAGCACUAGGGUUUGGACCUACCAUGAGAUGGAGAUAGUUGAAGUGGUUGCUGAUCAGGUGGCUGUUGCCCUGUCUCAUGCAUCUGUUCUUGAAGAGUCUCAGCUGAUGAGACAGAAGCUGGAAGAGCGGAACCGAGCACUGCAACAGGCUAAAAAGAAUGCAAUGAUGGCCAGCCAGGCACGGAAGUCGUUUCAGAAGGUGAUGAGCCAUGGAAUGCGGAGGCCUAUGCAUUCUGUUCUGGGGAUGCUGUCAUUGUUUCAAGAGGAUAAUUUGAGGUCUGAGCAGAAGAUUAUUGGUGAUACAAUGUUGAAAGUUGGACAUGUGCUCUCCAGUUUGAUUAAUGAUGUAAUGGAGAUUUCAGAAAAUGAAAAGGGAGGCUUCCGGUUAGAGAUGAAACCUUUCCUUCUGCAUUCAAUGGUGAGGGAAGCUGCUUCCAUUGCCAAGUGCUUGUGUGUUUAUGAAGGCUUUGGUUUUGAAAUUGAUGUCCAGAAGUCUUUGCCUGAAACAGUUAUGGGUGAUGAGGCAAGGACUUUUCAAGUAAUUUUACACAUGAUUGGCUAUUUAUUGAACAUGAAUGACAAAGGGACUCUCAAUUUUCGAGUUUUUCUUGAAAGCGAUGGUGGAGACAGGGAUGAUAAAAAUAUUGGAAUAUGGAGGUCAAGCAAUCAAAAUGAAUAUGUACAUAUAAAAUUUGAUUUUCAGAUAACUGAGAGUUCUCAGUCAGAUGAAGCAAUUUCAACAAUACAUUAUACUGGUAGGAGGCAGUACUACAACAAUGAACCUAAGGGGGGCCUGAGCUUCAGCAUGUGCAAAAAGUUGGUACAGAUGAUGCAAGGUAAUAUAUGGAUAUCACCGAACUCCCUUGGUUUGGUGCAAGGCAUGACACUUCUUCUCAAGUUUCAGAUAGGACCAUCACUUGAAAAAUCCAUAUUUGCACCUAAAGAUUAUUCAAGCUCACAGUUCAGAGGCCUUAAGGUUGUGUUAGCCGAGGACGAUGGUGUAAACAGGACCGUGACCAAGAAGCUACUUGAGAAGCUUGGUUGUCAAGUAAUUGCUGUUUCAUCAGGGUUUGAGUGCCUGAGUGCUGUAAGUGGUGCUGGUAACUCAUUCAGAAUUAUCCUGUUGGAUCUUCACAUGCCCGAAAUGGAUGGCUUUGAAUUGGCAAAGAGAAUCCGGAAGUUCCAUAGCCGUAGUUGGCCCUUGAUUAUAGCUCUUAUAACAAGUGCAGAAGAACAUGUGAGGGAGAAAUGCCUACUUGCAGGAAUGAAUGGAUUGAUCCAAAAACCUAUCGUACUUCAUCAGAUAGCAGAUGAACUUAGAACAGUCCUACAAAGAGCAGGUGAAAAACUGUGAGAACAGUUUUAAAAGCAUGCUUCGGUUUAAGAAAAUAUGAUUUCAUUAGUAAUUACAAAAAGGUCAUGUUAUUUUAGUUCUGUUUCCUAUUUUCAAGCAUUGCGGGCUAUGCUUUUAUUAUUUUGUGAACAAAUUCUUGAAAAUAAGAAACAAAAUAAAAUAAUGUGUCUUUUAUAAUUACUAAUGAAAGAGUGACUCAAUUUUCUGAAGUUGCUCAAAACGGCAUUGUGAACUUGGGGGAUUUCUAACAAUAUCAAAUAAUAAAAGUAGCCUUUUGUCCAACCA